AUGUUCUCCAGAUUAAUCGAUGAAGAUCUGCAAAAUGAUUUGCCAUUAUCACUAUUCUCUCUCUCUGAUCAUACCUUACCCGUAACAGAUAUUAUCUGUGGGGUAGGGGCCUUCCCAUCGUGUCGAAUAUUAACGGCCUCCGUCGAUCACUCAGUCAAGCUUUGGGAUCUGGCUGAGAAGUCACUACUCACCACUUUUAUGUUCCCCCAAGUAAUAUCUAGUCUUGCCUGGGAUGUUACAGAACGCCUAUUCUUCGCAGCGUCUUCAGAUGGAUCGAUAUACCAGAUGAAUCUUUUUCGUGAACGUGAAGCUGUUGGAGGUGGAGGGGUUAGCGAUGUCGUACACGCGACAGAUGAAACGCGAAACGAGCGACUGAUUACUGUGGAAGACCCAGUUACAUGUAUGGUCAUCUCGAUGUCGUCCUCACUUCUGGUGGGAACGUCAUCAGGUUUGAUCCAUAUUUAUGAUAUUCCGACGCACCAAUUGAUGCGCACGAUAACGACGCAUAAAGGCUUCUCAAUAGCAUAUUUAUCCACGAUGCUCAAGCCGGUAGAUUUGAUUGGCCAUAUCAGCCUAACCAUGGAUGUCGGUGGUUCUGCCGAUGCCAAUAAUGUGAUCCCUAUACGCCCGGUAGUCGCGUUCCAACGAAUACGGGAUGUAAAAACACGCGACCUUCACGAGGUUUCCAUGCUCCUGCCAAUGCGAGAUCAUGGCUAUCGUGAUGAGACGACCUUUUACUCGGAAGAAGCGGUUGUUCAUGAUCAAAGUUAUUUUCUUCAAACAUCCGCAUCGCAAGAACGAGGCCAAGAUACAGUCGCCCUACAAUCGCGUGUAACUGACUUGGAAGCAGAACUUUCACUGCUUCGGGGACAGCUCGGACAAGCUAAAGGGGUCAAUAAUCACAUGUGGGAGAACGUCGUACAAAGAUUGAUUGGACAGGUAAAGGUAAAAGGGGUCGAUGGAACAUCUACCAACACCAAUGUAGAUGAUAGUGAAAGAGUACGAAAGCUUGGUCGUUCCUGA